CGACCAAUCCCGAAUUUGUUCUGUUCAGUUUUCAAAAUGGACUGAAGAAGUAUGAUAAGAGAUUGUCAUUUGUUUACUUGACGAUAUUUACACACAAAAGUGAUCCAAUAUGGGGGAUGAUUCAGAAUGGAUGAAACUCCCCACAGAGGAAAAGUGCACCCACAAGGUAUGGAAGGCCCGUGUAGCGGGUUACGAGGAAGCAGGCAAACUGUUCCAGCGCAUUGACGAUGAAAAGAGUCCUGAAUUCAACAAGUAUGCGGGUUUGAUGAAGAAAUUUGUGACUGACAGCAAUGCUGUAGCUCAGGAAAAGGCUCUGGAUGCUGUUCUACAUUUUUUGGAAAAUGCACAUGUGGCUGCAAGGACGACAGCUGAUGUAGUGGCUGGUGUGGUUUCAAAAUGUCUGAAUGCCAGCAAGACGAAGACAAAGGAGAAAGGCAUGGAGAUCAUCAUGAUGUACAUCGAGAUAGAGAAACCAGAUGUUGUCCAGGAACAACUUCUUGCUGGUCUUGAAAACAAACAGCCGAAAAUAGUCGUUGGUUGCAUUCAAGCCUUAACAAUCGCCCUCAGAGACUUUGGUUCAAAGACGAUACAGAUCAAGCCUUGCCUGAAGGUGCUGCCCAAGUUGUUGGAGGACCGAGACAAGAAUGUUCGUGAGGAGACGAAGCAGUUCAUCAUUGAGUUGUACAGAUGGAUUGGGGGAGCCCUGAAGCCACAGAUGUCCCACUUCAAGCCUGUUCAGGUUCAAGAGCUGGAGGCUGAGUUCGAGAGGCUACCAAAUGAGAAGCCUGUUCAGACCCGCUUCAUGAAGUCCCAGCAAGACCUGAAAGCCAAGAUAGAGGAACAGCAAGCUGCCGCAGCUUCAGGGGAGGCUUCUGGAGGAGAUGGUGCUGCUGAAACAGAAGAGAUUGAUCCAUUUGACCUCAUCGAGGCUGUAGACAUACUGGCAAAACUCCCCAAGGAUUUCUUCGAUCAAAUAGAGGCCAAGAAAUGGCAGGAGAGGAAGGAGGCCCUAGAUGCCCUCCAGAAACUGACAGACUCCCCAAAGAUUGAAAACGGGGACUUCGGUAAUGUUAUCCGAGCCCUUCUGAAGGUUAUAGCCAAGGACACCAAUGUGAUGCUGGUUGCUCUCGCCGGCAAGUGUCUUUCCGGCAUAGCCAAAGGCCUGAGGAAGAAGUUCCAGCCAUACGCUCAUCAGUGUGUGUCAGGAAUCAUUGAGAAGUUCAAAGAAAAGAAAGUAGCAGUGGUGACCUCCCUCCGCGAGGCUAUCGAUGCUUCCUUUGCAGGGACCUCACUGGAUCAAAUAAUGGAGGACUGUGUCACUGCCCUGGAAAACAAGAACCCCUCUAUCCGAGCCGAGACAGCUCAGUUCCUUGCAAGAUGUUUUGCCAAGAGUACAGUGGGGACCCUGCCGAAGAAACUGUUGAAGGGCUACUGCUCUAGUCUCUUGAAGAGUAUCAAUGACACAACCCCUGACGUGAGGGAAGCAUCCUUCCAGGCUCUAGGGACAGCCAUGAGGGUCGUCUCGGAGAAGAACAUCGCUCCUUUCCUCAAUGAUGUAGACACCCUGAAGAUGCAGAAGAUCCAAGAGUGCUGUCAAAAUGCUGUGUUGCUAAAUGCCCGGGGGGAGCCAAGGCAGGGUGGGGGUGGAGCAGCUGCCGCUCCUGCCCCCAAGAAAAAUGAGCCCAAGCCUGUUACCCGACCUCCAGCCAAACCAACAGCACGGGCUACAGACUCUAAUUCAGGGGCCAAGCCCGCUGCCAAAGGAGGACCCCCGGGGAAGAAAAAAGUGGGUGGGGACAAAGGCAAGGGAAAGAAGGGCGGGGCAGCGAAGGAGGAACCAACCGAAUCUAUCCUUGCAGACGAAGUUGUAGAGGAGAAGGCUGCAGCGGCUCUGUCAGCUGAUGUUAUAUCCGGACUGUCCAACUCCAACUGGAAACUCAGGCUGGCUGCCAUGGAGACGUUCUCACAGAACGUGAAGGGAAUGAGCAAGGAGGAGAUACAGACACAAGUGUUUGUGAGAACACUCACCAAGAAACCUGGCCUGAAGGACACCAACUUCCAGGUCUUGAAACUGAAACUGGAGCUCAUCGGCUACUUGGGACAGAAUUCUGCGUUCACAAAGACGACUGCGGAGUUCUGUCUAUCGGACAUUGUAGACAAGGUUGGGGACGUGAAGAAUGGCAGUAUCGCACAGGAAGCUCUGAGUUGUAUUGCGGAGGCCACGUCACUGCAGUUUGUCAGUAGCGAGGUUAUUAGGUGUGCUUUUGAACAGAAAAACCCAAAGAACCAAUCGGAGUCCAUGGUCUGGUUGACACAGGCGGUACGAGACUUCGGAUUCAAAGUAAACAUUAAGCCAAUGAUCGAGAAUAUCAAGAAGGCACUGGCUGCUACCAAUCCAGCAGUGAGAGGGGCAGCUAUCGGCCUGCUAGGUACAGUGCACCUGUACAUGGGGCCACAACUCAGGAUGUUCUUCGAGGAUGAAAAGGCUGCCCUGCUGCAGCAGAUUGAUGCCGAGUUUGAGAAGAACAAGGACCAGAAGCCCCCUGCCCCGACACGUGGAAUUGUUGCUGUGGAGGAGGAGGAUGAGGAGGAGAACGGUGGGGAUGGUGGCGGUGGCGCAGCGGAAGAGGUCAACGUGCAGGAUCUCAUGCCCAGGAAUGACAUCUCUGAGAAGAUCACAGAGGAGCUGCUGGCCGAGUUGGCUGACAAGAACUGGAAGGUUCGAGCUGAGGCGCUACAGAAGGUUAUCGCCAUAUUGAAUGAGGCCAAGUUCAUCAAGUCCAGCAUUGGAGAACUGGCCUCUGCAUUGAAAACCAGACUCAGUGACGCAAAUAAGAUUUUAGUAAACAACACUAUCGGAAUCUGUCUGAGCUUGGCGACGGCGAUGGGUCCUCACUGCAAGCAUCACAUCAAGAACAUCGGACCAGGUCUCAUCAGUUGUAUGGCCGACGGAAAGCCUCAGGUCCGGGCAGCGACGGUGAACGCCCUGAACGCUUGGGUGGAUCAGUGCACCCUGACUCCCCUGGUGGAGAGCGAGGCCAUCUUUGACGGACUGAAGACAGAAAACCCCAACCUUAGAACAGAGCUGUUGAACUGGUUGGUGGAAAAACUUCCCACUCACAGAGUCCUUCCCACAGAGCUGAGGAUGUGCGUGCCAGUUGUCCUUGCCUGUCUGGAGGACCGGAACGCUGAUGUCCGCAAGAAAGCCCAGGAAUCUCUCGUCCCAUUCAUGAUUCAUACAGGCUAUGAUUCAUUCUUUAAAGCUACCUCAAAGCUAAAGCCGGCAUCCAAGGAUCAGAUCGUGAAGAUCAUCGAGGCUGCGCGGGCGAAUCUCCCUGCUAAGGCACCUAAAGGCAAGAAGGCAAGUGCCCCUGCUGCAGCACCACCUCCAUCAGCGUCAUCACGGUUUGACGAGCCGGAGGAGCCAGCUAAACAAGCCAAGGCCGAGCCCAAGUCAAAGGCGGUGAAGGGCAAGGGAGCCAAGGCUCCUGCCUCAUCAGGGAAGAAGAAGGAGGAAGAGGAGACUGGUCCCCCCAUUACACUCAUGGUCCCCAAGGAGCAGAGGUUCAAGGAUGAGAAAAACAUGAAGGUGCUGAAGUGGAACUUCCUGGAGGUGCGCGGGGAAUAUGUGGAGCAGCUGCGCACACAGAUGGAGAAGAACUUCAGCAAGAGCACCAUGGACCAGUUGUUCCACAACGACUUCAAGUUCCACAUCAAAGCCAUCCAGGUGUUCAUCAAGUGCCUCGACACGCACACAGAGGAGACUGUGGGAAACCUGGACCUGAUCCUCAAGUGGAUUACGCUGCGGUUCUACGACACCAACCCCAGUAUGCUGAACAAGGCCCUGGAGUUCCUGGAUAAGUUGUUCUCCAUGCUGGCCGACUCCGACUACCACCUGGCCGACAUCGAGGCCAUUUCUUUCAUACCUUAUCUUGUCCUCAAGGUGGGGGAAUCUAAAGACAACGUACGGCGUGAAGUGCGGAAAAUCUUCAAGCUCAUCUGCAAGGUGUACCCGGCCAGCAAGAUGUUCUCACAUCUCAUCGAUGGCCUCAAGUCAAAGAACUCCAAACAGAGAGCAGAGUGUCUGGAUGAGCUGGGGAGCCUCAUUGAGUCGUACGGCAUCACCAUAUGUCAGCCGUCUCCGGCCCACGCCCUCAAGAUCAUCGCCCAGCAGAUCAGUGACCGGGACACAUCUGUCAGGAAUGCAGCCCUCAACACGGUUUUAACAGCACACACUAUCCUGGGCGACGGGCUCUACAAGUACAUAGGCCACUUGGCAGAGAAGGAUCAGAGUCUUCUGGAAGAGAGAAUCAAGAGGUCAGCAAAGACCAGACCACCUCCAAAACAGGAAGAAAGGCCGAAGACAGCACCACUAACACAGAAAACUAUGUCCCAACCCAAUAUUCCUCGUGCCAACUCUGCGAUGCAGAAGUCUUCCUCCUCCAACUCCGUGAAGCGCGAGUUUGCUCUGGACAUCGACACGGAGCCCACCAAUUCCUACGACAUGCCACAGCUGAUUCAGCACGAUCUAGAUGACAUCUACGAGCCGGUCAAACUACCCAAGAUUAAAGCCAGGCCCCCAUCUCCCUCGAUGAAGCUGCUCAACUCCAACGAUGCUGCGGCAACCAUUGGCUUCGUCAUAUCACAGAUCACCAGUCCCGACAUCACAACAUGUAUUCAAGCCCUGGUCCAGGUUGAUGAGGUGUUGAAGGACGAGGAGAGGGCAGAGAUCAUGGCGGGUCACGUGGACCAGCUGCUGCUGACGCUGUCCAUGCAGUUCAAGAUGGUGUACUCCACCCACAUGGGGGACGAGGACACCCCGAAGGACGACGUGGUCAGACUCUACAGAUGUCUGCUGGGAACACUACUAGCAAUCCUCCAGACCCAGCGUCUGGCCAAGAAGGCUGGCAAGGACAUCCUGAAGGACGUGGUCAACUCACUAAUCACCAUCCUGCUGGACAGUCGCCUGAUGGAGCUGGAGGAGGGGCCCCAGGUCGUCCGCUCCGUCAACGUCACCGUCGUCAAGAUCGUCGAGAAGACCGACCACACCAGCAUCACAGGUGCCCUGAUUCGGCUCCUACAAGACUGUGUGAGCAGUGAGACAUGCACCAGCAAGUUCCUAGACCUCAUCAUGAAGUGUCUGUGGAAGAUGAUCCGGAUGUUGCCCGACAUCAUCAAUGACCUGAACGUGGAUCGCAUCCUCAUGGACUGCCAUCUCUUCCUGCGUGCGUUCCCCUCCAGCUCCUGGAAGGACAAGGGGAGUGACCUCCCCUUGAGGACCAUCAAAACCAUUUUACAUUCCCUGGCUCGACUCAAGGGUCAUAAGAUUCUGUACCACACUGGGAUGAUCGAGAGCUCCGAGAACUCCGAGGUGGAGGCAUACCUCCAGAAGGUUCUCAAAAACGAUGUCGCUGCCACAAAUGCUAAAAAUGAUGAGCUGAAUGACAACAGGGAGAAGACACCAAAGAGUUCAACAAAAACGAAAAGAUUCUCCAAAACAACACAUGACAUGUUGGCAGAGAUUUUCAAGAAGAUUGGUGCCAAGGAAAACACUAAAGAGGGCCUGAAUGACCUGUAUGACUUCAAGAGGAAGUACCCUGAUGCCGACCUGGAACCCUUCCUCAAAAAGUCUUCCCAGUUCUUCCAGAAUUACAUCGAGCGUGGCCUGCGCGGCAUCGAGGAGGAGAGGAUGGGAUCAUCAGGUGAAUCUGGCAUCAUUCCUGUCUUGAUGUCAUCCACAUCAUCAUCGUCAUCGGGUCCAAGUGUGGGAUCUGGCGAGGAGAAGGAGGACCCCAACUACUUCCGCGAGAGACUGAAGAUGCUCCGGGUCAAGUGUGGCCUUGACCACAACAAGGAGGCCGGGGAUCCCGAUCCCAGCAACACUGACGGCAUUGACCUCCUAGGUAGCACUGAAGAAAUCGACGAAGCUACCUCCCUUGAUGACGACAAACAGCAGGAGAACAUCGACCCCGAACCUCCUCAGCCCACCAACCCUGCCGUCUCCGUAGAUGUGUCCGAUCUGAAAAUGAGGCUUGAAAGAAUUAAAAAGCUGGCGAACAAAAGCUGAGAUGAUCCAAGAAAAUCACAGAAAUGAGCUGGUUAAACAAAACAUGGAGGGCCUGCUUCAGCAUUGUGGACUUCCUGAGCAAUGUGUCGGCCACUGGUGGGACUCUGCUUUAUUUAUGUGCCUGCUUACAUCGUCUCACCAGAGGACGGACUCACCAACUUUGUGAUAAACAGUCAACAUUGCCCAGCAUUGUCAGUGUGUCCCAGCUUGUUUGUUUACUGAAUCUGCGACCUACAAACUGUAUAUUUACUGUAAUCUUAUUUAUGAUUCUCUAUCAAUAUGCCAUGUUGGCUGCAAAUCCACAGUGAAACUUGAUGGUCACGUUGGUGUAUUGAAGUGGCUUGCAGACUUAAGGCUAAUCUUGUACAGGUACACAAAAUCCAGAUGUCAAAGAUCUUCUCGAAGCUUUGUUUGCUGAACUUGCUUGGUGAGAAUCUGAAGAUACGAAGCUGAUCUGAUUUGAUACAUGAUGAAGUGCUAUUGUUGUUACAUUAUUGUUACCUGCAGCUUCCAGUGUACGUUGAGUGUUGUUGCAGCAUCUGUUUCUCCAUCUUCCCCAGGGGCGGUCAGGUAGCCUAAUGGUUAAAGCGUUCGCUCGUCACGUCGAAGACCCAGGUUCGAUUCCCGACAUGGGUACAAUGUGUGAAGCCCAUUUCUGGUGUCCCCUGCCGUGAUAUUGUUGGAAUAUUGCUAAAAGUGGCGUAAAACAAUACUCGCUUACUCCAUCUUCCCCACAUUUAUCUGAUGAAGGUGUACAUGUCACGUCCACGAUUGGACUGUUCAGAUCUCGCACACUCGUACUUACUGAAGAAAGUUUGAGCAGAAUCUAUGAAGUGCUAUUUGAGCACUGUUAGAGAUGGCUACAUGUCUUUUAGUCCAAAACUAGUCAAAAUCUUGAGAGACUAGUUGAUUUAUUCCAGAAUCUAGUUAUUUACAUCAAUCAGCAUAUUGAAAUGAGUUGUGGACAAGUAGCAUAUGACUAACGGUGUCAACCGCCAUGAAGACUUAUAACUAACCCAUCCCCAUCAAUCCAGGGUAUUAUAUCUCCAUAAUAAAUACCCUGGACCCAUGCACGUCCAUAGCUUCAUUUCAGAAGUGACGUUUCCAUUUCCAUAGAGCCAUGUGAUUCAAAUAAUAGGUAUGACUCAAAAAGAAAUCAUGGAGAUAUGAUAAACUGGAUAAACAAGGAUGAUGUAACCAGGUACCAAUAUUUCAAGAUGGAUAAGGGCGGUCAAGUAGCCUCGUGGUUAAGGCGUUCGCUUGUCACGCCGAAGACCCGGGUUCAAUUCCCGACAUGGGUAGAAUGUGUGAAGCCAAUUUCUAGUGACCCCAGCCGUGAUAUUGCUGGAAUAUUGCUAAAAGAGGCGUAAAACCAUACUCACUCGCUCAAGAUAGGUAAUAUACUCGGAACGAAUGCUGUAAGAGUUUGUGAAAAUAGCAUAGUUUACUUAUGAAAAGAAAACUUCAAAGGUAUUUAUCAAAAUGAAAUAACUCAAUUGUUUUUAUGGUCAAGAACAGUUCUGCAAUGUCAUCAAAAUAGGUUUUAGGUUGAACAUUGAUAUGUUCGUGACUAGAUAGUUCUGAUCAGAGGCAAUAGUGUUGUGUUUGAUGGGCCUACAGUAAGGGCAGGAACAGGUCUGGACGAUUGCUUGUUUCACAGUUCAAGGCUGUGUGAGGCAACUUGCUACACACAAAUUCACAUGCGAUAUACCCUUCAAACUUGGGUCGUUGGACAGUGUUCAGGUUAUGCACCCAAAUAAAUGACAUCAUCAUAUGUUACAGAAAAAGGUCAAAUCUUCAAGGUCAGGCAUGUCUUGACUUAGUGUUUCUCCUUGGCAGAUUAAAUGAGUGUUCAGAAUAGUUCAUGGGAAGAUUUUGAUUCACUUACUAUGUUACAACAUCACAGGCAGAACGUUGGUUCCUUGUUACCAUGUUGCUUGACCUGCGUCUAGGUUGUAUAUAAACACUACAUAGUGAAAGUUAUAUGUAUGAAUCAAGGAUAUCCCCACAUGCUCAUUAUCCGUGUCAUGAGUAUAUACAAAGUAUGUUCUGACGUCUGUGUCCAUGAACCGGUGUGUUACUUACUGCUAAACAUAGCAUCUUCAAGUCACUACCGGGGUAGAGGUAUAUUAUACCUGGCCCCGAUUUCUCAAAACAAACUUAUAUUCAAAACUGACUUAAGUUCGAGGUUUUACUCAAAUUUGAGAAAACUCAGAAAAAUGGAUUUCUGAAACAAAACUAAGUUUAAACUGAGUUCGAAACCCCGUAAAACUUAAGUUAGCCUAUAUGGUAACUUUAGUUAGCUUACAUGGUAACUUAAGUUUUAAUGCAAAUAGAUGUAAGCAGUGAUUGAGGAGGAGAGGUGUUAUUUCUUGGAGGCUUACCGAGCGUGAAAACCCACUGGAAUUAAUGUCGGAUGACGGUUUAUUCCUUAGAUUUAUGUUUCGAGCAGAAACGGAUGUAUACAACUGCUGAGUUUGAUUCAAGAAAUGCUACUGAGAUUUGAGUAUAAACUUAAAGUUUGUUUUGAGAAUUCUGGCCCUGUUCUCUGAUAACAUCUCUCUCCGCAUUAUCGGGUGUGCUUUUUAUUUUGUGUGAGAUUUUUAUCUGUUUGUACAGGGUAAACAGUUCGUUUUUUCUAGCCCAAAUAAUAACAUAUAGGCACAUUGUUGCCCAGCGAGUACCAUUAGCAAUGGACAGACCACUGUGACCAUGAGUGCUGAAUGUUUCUCCACGAUCCUCUUGCUACCCCCCUCCAGUCAUCACGUGACCAUUUUGAACAGGAGCAUUUAUCUUUGUUUAUAUUGAUUUUGAUCGGGAUGUUUCUUCAGUCAGAGGAUUCAAUCUGAUUGGUUUAGUGUUAGCAGCAAGGAACCCACUGCACAAAAUCGUCAUAGCUGCGGCCUUUUUUCGUCCCGCACGUCAACAUUGACUUAUUACAGCGAUUGCGCUUUGGUAGGCAUCUCGGAGCCCAUUUCUCAAAGCUGUUUUAGGGCCAUGACUGUUGUAAGUCUGUGUUGAAACUUAUGAGUUGUGUCAACUUAGUGCUAUGACUCCUUUGUGAAACUGGUCCCUUGCUCAUUUUUUUAGUCUGAUUAGGUUCAUGUUAUUUUCAGUCCUACAAUGUGAUCCCAAAACAUGUUCAAUUCGUUACUUGUAUAGAACAGUUAGUCUGUUCCGUUCUCAUGUUCAUUAAAUAUAUCAGCAUUGA